CCACCGGCUCUGGGGCCCAGGGGCAGCCAGGCGCGGACCACAGAGGGCGAGGGCAGAGCCCCGGCUUUCAGCGGCCGUGCCUGCCGCCGUCCAGUUUGAAGUGGGGCAUUUAAAGACCGGAACCCGGGCAGGCUGGGGCAGGAGGAGGAAGGAGCGCCGGAGACGGGCGGCUCCGAUCGCAGACGGCGGGAGGCGCGUCCACCCGGGCGCCGAUCCCCCAGCGCCCGAGGCGGACGGGGCUGCGGGCGCCGGAGCAGCCGGGGGAUACUUUGUCCUCUCUGCGUUCACCUUCCUCCCCAGCUGAGGUCCGAGAGAGGCAGGGCCCUGAGCGGGCAAGGGGCACAGACGUCCUGAAACAAAGCUUUGGAACUAAGAUUCCAGAUGGCAAACUCUAUGAAUGGCAGAAACCCUGGUGGUCGAGGAGGAAACCCCCGAAAAGGUCGUAUUUUGGGUAUUAUUGAUGCUAUUCAGGAUGCAGUUGGACCCCCUAAGCAAGCUGCAGCAGAUCGCAGGACUGUGGAGAAAACUUGGAAACUUAUGGAUAAAGUGGUGAGACUGUGCCAAAAUCCCAAACUUCAGUUGAAAAAUAGCCCACCAUAUAUACUUGAUAUUUUACCUGAUACAUAUCAACAUUUGCGACUUAUAUUGAGUAAAUAUGAUGACAACCAGAAACUUGCUCAACUCAGUGAGAAUGAAUAUUUUAAAAUCUACAUUGAUAGUCUAAUGAAAAAGUCUAAACGGGCAAUAAGACUCUUUAAAGAAGGCAAGGAAAGGAUGUAUGAAGAACAGUCACAGGACAGACGGAAUCUCACAAAACUGUCCCUUAUCUUCAGUCACAUGCUGGCAGAAAUCAAAGCUAUCUUUCCCAAUGGUCAGUUCCAGGGAGAUAACUUUCGUAUCACAAAAGCAGAUGCUGCUGAAUUCUGGAGAAAGUUUUUUGGAGACAAAACUAUCGUACCAUGGAAAGUAUUCAGACAGUGCCUUCAUGAAGUCCAUCAAAUUAGCUCUGGCCUGGAAGCAAUGGCUCUAAAAUCAACAAUUGAUUUAACUUGCAAUGAUUACAUUUCAGUUUUUGAAUUUGAUAUUUUUACCAGGCUAUUUCAGCCAUGGGGCUCUAUUUUACGGAAUUGGAAUUUCUUAGCUGUGACGCAUCCGGGUUACAUGGCAUUCCUUACAUAUGAUGAAGUUAAAGCAAGACUUCAGAAAUACAGCACCAAACCCGGAAGCUAUAUUUUCCGGUUAAGUUGCACUCGACUGGGACAGUGGGCCAUUGGCUACGUCACCGGGGAUGGCAAUAUCUUACAGACCAUACCUCAUAACAAGCCCUUGUUUCAAGCCCUGAUUGAUGGCAGCAGGGAAGGGUUUUAUCUUUAUCCUGAUGGGAGAAGUUAUAAUCCUGAUUUAACUGGAUUAUGUGAACCUACACCCCAUGAUCAUAUAAAAGUUACACAGGAACAAUAUGAAUUAUAUUGUGAAAUGGGCUCUACUUUUCAGCUCUGUAAAAUUUGUGCAGAAAAUGACAAAGAUGUCAAGAUUGAGCCUUGUGGGCAUUUGAUGUGCACCUCUUGCCUUACAGCAUGGCAGGAGUCAGAUGGCCAGGGCUGCCCCUUCUGUCGUUGUGAAAUAAAAGGAACUGAGCCCAUCAUCGUGGACCCCUUUGACCCAAGGGAUGAAGGCUCUAGGUGCUGCAGCAUCAUUGACCCCUUUGGCAUGCCGAUGCUUGAUUUGGAUGAUGACGAUGAUCGUGAAGAAUCCUUGAUGAUGAAUCGGUUGGCAAAUGUUCGAAAGUGCACUGACAGACAGAACUCUCCAGUCACAUCACCAGGAUCCUCUCCCCUUGCCCAGAGAAGAAAGCCACAGCCGGACGCUCUCCAGAUCCCACAUCUAAGCCUGCCACCAGUACCUCCUCGCCUGGAUCUAAUUCAGAAAGGCAUAGUUCGAUCUCCCUGUGGCAGCCCAACUGGUUCACCAAAGUCUUCUCCCUGCAUGGUGAGAAAACAAGAUAAACCACUUCCAGCACCACCUCCUCCCUUAAGAGAUCCUCCUCCCCCUCCGCCUGAAAGACCUCCCCCGAUCCCACCUGACAACAGACUGAGUCGACACUUCCAUCCUAUGGAAAGUGUGCCUUCCAGAGACCAGCCAAUGCCUCUUGAAGCCUGGUGCCCUCGGGAUGUGUUUGGGACUAAUCAGUUGGUGGGAUGUCGACUCCUAGGGGAUGGCUCUCCAAAGCCUGGAAUCACAGCAAGUUCAAAUGUAAAUGGGAGGCACAGUAGAAUGGGCUCUGAUCCAGUGCUUCUGCGGAAACACAGACGCCAUGAUUUGCCUCUAGAAGGAGCAAAGGUCUUUUCCAAUGGUCACCUUGGAAGUGAAGAAUAUGAUGUUCCUCCCCGGCUAUCUCCUCCUCCUCCAGUUACCACCCUUCUCCCUAGCAUAAAGUGUACUGGUCCAUUAGCAAAUUGUCUUUCAGAGAAAACAAGAGACCCAGUAGAGGAAGAUGAUGAUGAAUAUAAGAUUCCUUCAUCCCAUCCUGUUUCCCUAAAUUCACAACCAUCUCAUUGUCAUAAUGUAAAACCUCCUGUUCGGUCUUGUGAUAAUGGUCAUUGUAUACUGAAUGGAACACAUGGUACGUCUUCAGAGAUGAAAAAAUCAAAUCUUCCUGAAUUAGGCAUAUGUUUAAAGGGAGAUGUUUUUGAUUCAGCCUCUGAUCCAGUGCCAUUACCACCUGCCAGGCCUCCAACUCGGGACAAUCCAAAGCAUGGUUCUUCACUCAACAGGACGCCCUCUGAUUAUGAUCUUCUCAUCCCUCCAUUAGGUGAAGAUGCUUUUGAUGCCCUCCCUCCGUCCCUCCCACCUCCCCCACCUCCCGCACGGCAUAGUCUCAUCGAGCAUUCAAAACCUCCUGGCUCUAGUAGCCGGCCAUCCUCAGGACAGGACCUUUUUCUUCUUCCUUCAGAUCCCUUUUUUGAUCCAGCAAGUGGCCAAGUUCCUUUGCCUCCUGCUAGGAGAUUACCGGGUGAAAAUGUCAAAUCCAACAGAACAUCACAGGACUAUGAUCAGCUUCCUUCAUCUUCAGAUGGUUCACAAGCACCAGCCCGACCCCCUAAACCACGACCCCGCAGGACUGCACCAGAAAUUCACCACAGAAAACCCCAUGGGCCUGAGGCAGCAUUGGAAAAUGUAGAUGCAAAAAUUGCAAAACUCAUGGGAGAGGGUUAUGCCUUUGAAGAGGUGAAGAGAGCCUUAGAGAUAGCCCAGAAUAAUGUCGAAGUGGCCCGGAGCAUCCUCCGAGAGUUUGCCUUCCCUCCUCCUGUCUCCCCACGUCUAAAUCUAUAGCAGCGAGAACGGUAAACACCUACAUGGGAAGCAGUCGACACCUAUCCCAGGAGUGUGGACAUGGGAGAAUUGAGAUGGAUUCAAGAGAGAAGGUGUCUCCUCAUGUAGCAUCUUGGAGGGGGCCUUGGGAGUGCAGCUUCUCAGAAGGAGGCGGCUGCUUGCUCAGGAUGUCGACAGCUGUGGCUUCCUUGGUUUUGCUAGCCAUACUUUUAAAUCAGGGUUGAACUGACAAAAAUAAUUUAAAGACGUUUACUUCCCUUGAACUUUGAAUCUGUGAAAUGCUUUUCCUUGUUUACAAGUUGGCAAAAGUUGCAGUUUGUUUUUGUUUUUAGUUUAGUUUUGGUUUUAUUUGAUACCUGUACUGUGUUCUUGACGGACCCUUUGUAGCGUGGUCAGGUCUGCUGUAACAUUUCCCACCAACUCUCUUGCUGUCCACAUCAACAGCUAAAUCACUUAUUCAUUUUGGUCUCUACUAUCCACACCCUCUACCCAGGUCCAGUUCCAUUUCUCUCAUUCACAAGAUGCUUUAAAAGGUUCUGAUUUUCAGUUUAUCAAACUAAUGCAAAAGAAGUAUGUGUUCUGCACUACUGAUUUUUUUCUUUGGAAACUAUCACUAUUGAGAGAUGGGGAAAACCUGAAUGUAUAAAGCAUUUUAUUUGUCAAUAAACUGCCUUUUAUAAGGGGUUUUCACAUAAUAUCAAGGAGCUUCCCUGUAAGUUUUUUGACCUUUAAUCUUCUGUAUUCUUAUCUCUGUCAUGUCAGGGGUAUCAUGACUCUGUAAAAAUCUAAAAUAUCAGAAAGCAACUACUGCAGAUGUGAAAAAUACACUUGCACAAGACAGUGCCAUCCUGAAGUUAUAUAAUGACUUCCCCUAAUAUUUAUGCCUGUAUUACUUUGAUGCAUACUGAAUAAGUGGACCAUCUCCCUAAAAUAUAUUAAUAAUUUUCAGAUAAAAUUAUGCCCAUACUUUUCCCAAAGUGGAAUUAGAGUUCAUUUCCUAUUUGAGGGAUUACACUCUGGUUCCUAAGAGAUGUGCAAACCAGUUCAUAUUGCAGUGGAAACAUUAAAUCUUUGAUGCACUGUUAAGUACUAAUGCUACUGUGGCAAUGUUUUUGCAAAGUUCUUGGUAAUUUUCUUUCUCCAAUCAAAGUUCGUAUGUAAUUUGUAGAUUCUCUCAUUGCCCCACAUUGCUCCAUAACACCAGGUGAAAGACAUUAAUAUAGUUUUGCCUUUUUUUGCAAAAUGAUAGUUGGCUCUUCAGAAACUGUGUUAUUCUGAUCUAUAAGUAUUUAUUUGGUAUCUAGGAUGUGCUUGGCACUAUUAGGCACUGUGUUUUUAAAGCACAAACUUUUGCAAGCUGAUUCCAACAUACUGUUUUAUUUUUCUUUAUCUGAAUUUUUGAUGGCAAGUGUCUCUCUGAUGGCAAAGCCUAGAAGGUUUUCACCAGAGCUUCAGAAUUUUUUAGCAAUUCUUUUUUUUUUUUAAUAUUCCUAAUGAGAAGUCAGUGGAGAAUUGAGACAAAUCCAUUUCUGUAUAAAUGCUCAAACCCACAGGUUUACUACAUAUGGACUAAUUGUAGGUUUGUGCAUGUGUUUCCACUUGUCCUUUUCAAACUUCACACCCAGUGUUGUGUAAAAAGAUGCAUCAGAUAGUGAGCAUGUCUGUAAGAUUCAAAAGGACAAGACUGAUCAUCUUGUAGAUCUGAUGGAAAUUAAUGUGCUACAGUACUUCCGUAGCCAACCAAGGUGACCCUGGGAGGGAACUAAUACAUUUCUUUGCAAAGUGACACAUGCCCUUUUUUGACAGUCUGUCUUUCAUGUCAUGAGCUGGUACUUGAGGAGUCAGAGGGAUGGUUUGUGCUUUUGUGUGAAUUUCUUCAGGUGAUUCUGAGCUGGUUAUGUUCCUGGAGGGGAAUUUCUAAUUUGCCUUAGUUGUUCUUCCCAUGAGUAGAUAUGUGAGUACAGUUUUUUACACUUUUAAAAAUUCCAUUGGCUAAUUUUCCAUUGCUUUAUGAACCCCAACUUGUGCCAUCCUAAUUUUUCACUUAACAGUUUCAGUUGUCACAUUGCAAUCACACUGUACAUUUUGGCCUUUUUAUGACUUCCUGAUCAUAAGUACAGUCUAUAAACCAAAAGUUGCCACUUAAUUGUGGUAAUGUUUUUAUAAUAUUCUUAAUAGAUUAGGGGAUGAUAUAAAAUUGAAAUGUUAGCAAACAUAGUACAUUCUCAUUCAGUUUUCAAAUAAUAUCUGAAAAUUUCCACUGAGAAUGAAAAAAGAAAAGACUGGUGAUGAUGCAGCAAAUUUGGACCUGAAAUUUGGGGGAAAAAUCUGUUUUGCAAUGAAAACUUGCUGGUUGGUCUUCACCAAUAUUUCUCUGCAUCUUGUACUCAAUAGUAGCCAUUAGUUUUGUCAUUAAAAGAAAUGAAUCAAAAACUCUUACAGAAGGAAACUUUCUUUGAAACACUGUCAUGAAAAACCCAUUGCUACCUAUUACCUAGAAAAUCAAACUCUAAAAGAAUUUUUUGAGGAAAUAAUUAAACCAAAAUAUCUUUUCAUUAUAAAAAUAGACUACCUGUUACUGUUUGGAAAUGAUCCAGACUUUGUUUCACUGUGAUCCAAAAAGUUAGACAUUCCUUUCAUUUGUGAAGACUUGGUAAUAUAAUUAUUUUUUAAGCCAGCAUUUCAUAUAUAAUCCAUAAAAUUAAAAUAAAUCAUGGCCAUUAUUAACCUUUCUCUCUCUACCCAAACAUGUCUGGAUAUAGAAGGACUUAACCUCAAUGGUAUUAUAGUAAAUUUAUCUCCAUCAUGUUUUCCCUUGAUGUUUGGUAAAUCCUAGCCAAAUUUUCUAGAAUUGAAUCAAAGCAGUUUAUGCUUAACUUGAACUUCCUUCCACAAAUAUGACCUUCAACUCUUCCCUAUCCAUUUCCCCCUGCCCACAUGCAAAUAGUCUUAAUAAUAGAGCCCUAAUUGCAACUUCAAAGGGCCCCAUUUAUUAACUCAGCAUUUCAUAUACCAAGAAUACUUGCAAAGAUUUCUUCAUAAUGUGAAUUUUUCAUUUUUUUGUUCCAGAAACAUUUCCUACAGUUUGGACAUUAUGUUUCCUCUCAGAUUUUCAACUUGAAGCUUUAAUUUGCACUGAAUUAUCUAAUCUGGUUAAAAUCUUAAUUUCUCUUUUCAGCUAAUAGAUUUGGAAGCAAACUACAGUCUGUUUUAAAUAACAAGCACUGCCUGUUGACCUGGAAUUUUAGUGAUUCUGGGGAAAUUUUCCAGAAAAUGACAGCAAUAGAGUGAAGGGAUUUUUUCCCCCCAAUUACUAUUUUAUUGUUUUUUAAAUGCCUUUUUCAAACUUGUAUAAUGUGGCAAAAUAGUUAUGUGUUUAAUUAAUUUAUAUUUUAUUCAUUCUUUUUCAAUUCUGGUUAUUAUGUAGCCUCAAGUAUUUUAUCUGUUCUUUUAAAGUAUUUUAUAAAAUGAAUGUUAACAAAA